AUGUCGGCCGCUCGAAGAACAAGGAAACGAAAACAGUCUGAAUCUGAAGUCUCAUUUGCCGCAGGAUUUCGUCUUCCAACAUUAAAACAAAGCAGAAAUGCAAUAGGAUUAUCUAAGAUUCCAAAAAUUUACGAUCCAGGACCAGAAAGUGCUUAUUUUCGACGUAUUCCGCAGCCACUCUCCGAAGAUGAUUGGUUAGCGCAAUACAACGAGGAAGGACAGUCCUUUAAAAACUUUUUGAGGACCUGUCCUUGGAUCUCAGGUCGCAAAGUGAAAUACACGAGGCAAAAGUUUAUUUCCGAUGGAAAAAAUCUCAAGCAGAGAUACCCAGAUGGAAAAAUUUACUUACAACCUCUGGGCGAUUUUGAUCAAAGCUGUUCGAACAGUUGUAAUCCCGGCAUUGAUGACUUAGCUGACUACACAGAACGUUUUUAUUCGUUGCCUGUUGUUGUAUUACCAGCAGUGAAGCUUAAGCUUCCCACAAAGAAAGGUAAUGGUGUGAAGCUGUUGUAAAAUUGUGGAUCGCUGAAUGUGCCUUGGCGUAAACAUAUGAAAGUCCUCUCUGCUUCUAAUGUAAAAAACAUUGAUAGCAGGAAGGACGAGACGAGACACUCGUGCUACUAGAAACGAGACGAGACCAGUGGCUAGCAUGCCUGACCUCCAAAGAGCUUUCCCUUGCAGGUGAUUUGGCAUACUGGAAUUAUGGAUUGAACGAACUAGUUACCUCAGCAAGUGCAUCGCGGACAAGCUCAAGAGUACAGUUAAAACAGCUUGAACUCAAUCAUUGUUGGUCUCAUGGUAUGUCACGAUUAUUUGUUUUUUCUUUGUCGUGACUGGCCAGCAGAGCAGUGGUAUGUCAUCUGAGGGCCUGCAUGACAUCUUGAAGGAAGCAUGUUAUCAUUUUCCCGAUCACCUUGCAAGAUGAAUGAAAGAUUGGCGACCUGGGUAUAGGGCUUCUCCUUCCAACCCCCUCCUUCCUCUAUCAACUGAUAAUUCUUUCAUACUGUGAAAAUUCAGCCUAGUAAAAGGCAGAGGCCCAUUCUGCAGAGAAAAAAUGAGCAUUAUUUGUCCACAAAAAAUAUGUUAGCACUGUAUAAUGAGGUGUGCUGAGUGAUUUGUAAUUGGUUUAACAGUUAACACUGAUUGGCUUCUCCACUAGGGCAUGUACAACUAAGGGUAGACAGCAUCCACAGGCUUCUGCAGCAACAGAUUACUGGCGAUGCUCUCUGUCUAAUUGGUCUCACCAUGGUAGACCUGUAUGAGGAUGAAUCUGACCUGUUUGUGGCAGGGCUGGCUGCAGGAAAUCAAAGAGUUGCCGUGAGUGGGUAUUAUGACAUAACUAUGCAUUAGAUUUGUCAUGGAGGUAUGACCUAUUGAUCCCUAGAAGUGAUUAACAUUCAUCUUCUUCUCACAAUCUUACUUAACCUAGCAAAAGGUACCAAUGAUUGGCAAAUAUAACUGCAAGAAGUGUAUGUUCAUGUACCUUGGUAUAAUAUCAGAUUUCCUCAGAGACAUUUAGGAUGGGAUCCAGGAGUUUUUGAUAGGGGGGGUAUGCAAGCUUUGUUUUGGAAAACAAAAGAUUUUUUCUAAGCUAUAACUUAAAUGAGCUGAUAAGUAUUUCAAGAUCUGUGGAUUUGAAAUUCUUCAUAUUGACUAGUAAUUUGCAAUCUUCUUGUAGUGAGAAUUUUGGUGUCAGACAAGAAGAAAAGGGAGGUUCUGGAACCCCUGGGACCUUCCUCCUGGGACCUCCCCCCAGGGACCUCCCCCAGGGACCUCCCCCUGGAUCCAUUACUGACACUGUAAUUUCAGGCACAUGUCGCCCAAUUAGCUAAAAUUUUUGGAUCCUACCUCACUAAAUAACAUGACAUAGUGUGUUUGUAACUUUUAAAAUAUUGUACCUCCUCACAUCAGAUUAUUCCCUUCAGGUUUUUAGUUUUGCGCGGUACGAUCCAUCUUUGUCAUUCUCCACUGAACACUGGUAUGACAUCUUGCCAUCCAAACAACUUGAUCCACUCAAGAAGAAGCAGAUAAUUCUACAGGUACUGAUUGCCAGGAAAGUUAUAUAAUCCUUAACCCUUUACACUCUAACAUCAGUAUGCAUAUUCUCCAUACUGUUCUCUAAACAUUUCCUAAGGUGCUGACAAGGAGAAUUUGUCUAACAAUCAAGAGUUUCUUUAGUUGGUGAUCACUUCUUUUAUUCUCCUGACCUCAAUGUUUGAUCCAGGGGUGAUAAAGACCCAAAAAUGAGUCUUGAAUACGUUUCACGACAAUCCUAACUCCAGUCUUCAUAAAUAGUUGAACAAGACGUCGAUCAACUUUGGCCCUGAAAUGUCAACAUUCCGUCGCGUGGCGUCAGAAGCAAGAAUCAAAACCCAACCCUAAUUUCAGAUCCUACAUUUCGUGCAACGAAUCUGGCUUGCGCCAGGCUUUUGGUUUUAGAUGACGUAGAAGUCAGACAUCUUUACCCUUAAUUUUUAAGAAUACUUAGACAACAACGCGCAAGUUUUAUACUUGAAUUAUAGUCACUGUGGUUACUUUUCACAGAGAAGUUGUAAAUUAUUGGUACAUGAGAUUGCACACCUUUUCGGAGUAGAGCACUGCAUCUGGUAUGCCUGCUGUAUGAAUGGUUCAGGUCACCUUGCUGAAGAUUUCUGUGAGUUUUGUAUCAAAUGAUUUGACUUAACAGUCAACAUUUUCCAUGAUAAACAGCUUGGGCAUUUUCUCCGUAUCUUCUCUGUGCCUUGGUUGGUUUUCGUUGGUUUUCGUUGGUUUUCGUUUUGAUUUUGAUCGGUAGAGAAGUGGUUUUCUGAGGCUAAUCGCAGAACGUAACUUAUUAAAACGGACGAAUUCAGAAAUAUAAAACUUUCCCCAAGAUUGUUAUUUUUCCAAAGAUGGCUACCUGACGAUACGAUUAAAUCUAAGGCAUAACGCAUUGAUGUUCUGGACUUUAGUUGGUAAACAAGAGAAUAUUAAACGAGGCGCGAUCUUAACGCGUGAAGGACGCGUUCUUGACGCGACACGACCCGACCUCUUCCGUUUUACGAUCUGCGCUUUAAUCGGACCCAUUUACUUAUUGAACGCUUGGAAAAGUAACUUUCAUAGACGAAUGAUGAUGAAAUUCUUGUUAUGGUUUAUUUUUAUUUAUAUAUUUUUUUUCAGCUCAACCAAUUAACCUUUGUCCUGUUGAUCUCCACAAACUACAACAACUGUGCGGUUUCGACAUUGUUGAUAGGUAUCAAAAGGUAUUGAGUUUU